AUAUAUAUACAUUAUAUAUAUCUAAAGCUAUUGAUACAACAAUAAUAUUGUUGUAAUCUUGUGCUAUAUUAUUCAAAAUAUUGAAAUAUCAGUUUUAAUAAUUUAUUAUUUACAUAAAGAAAUUUAUCAAUAACAAUGUACAAAAUAAGGUUAUUUGUUGCACAAAAUAAAACUACAAUUUAUAAUAAUAUUAUUCGAAAUAUUGUUAGUCUUUCCAUGUUACCAGAGACUCAUCAGAUGUUACAUAAAACAUGCAGAGACUUUGCAGAAGAAGAAUUAAAGCCUUUAGCAACAGAAAUUGACAAAAAACAUCUUUAUCCAGAAAAACAAGUUAAAAAGAUGGGAGAAUUGGGUUUAAUGAGUAUAGCAAUUCCUGAAAAUUUAGGUGGAACUGGACUAGAUUAUUUAGCUUAUGCUAUUGCAUUAGAAGAAAUAUCUAGAGGUUGUGCCAGUACAGGUCUCAUAAUGAGUGUACAUAAUUCUCUUUAUUUAGGACCUAUACAAAAAUUUGGCAAUAAAGAUCAGAUAAAAAAAUAUAUUACCCCCUUUACAACUGGUAUUAAGAUUGGAUGUUUUGCCCUUAGUGAACCAGGCAAUGGUAGUGAUGCAGGUGCUGCUUCUACUAUUGCUAAAUUAAAUGGAUCUAAUUAUUUAAUUAACGGUACUAAAUCAUGGAUAACAAAUGCUUAUGAGUCAGAUGCAAUUAUUCUAUUUGCUACAACGGACAAAUCUAAAAAGCAUAAAGGUAUAAGUGCAUUUAUAGUUGAUAAAACUACAGAAGGUCUUUUUGUUGGUAAAAAAGAGGAUAAGUUAGGUAUUUGUGGUAGCAGUACCUGUUCAUUAAUAUUUGAAGAUUGUAAAUUACCAAAAGAAAAUUUAUUAGGAGAAUCAGGAAUGGGUUUUAAAAUUGCAAUGACGACUUUGGAUGCUGGUAGAAUUGGCAUUGCUGCUCAAGCUUUAGGUAUAGCUCAAGCAUCUCUCGACUGUGCAAUCGAAUAUGCGGCAAAACGACAAGCAUUUGGUAGUUCUAUUAUUAAAUUACAAACAAUUCAACAAAAAAUUGCUGACAUGUCAUUGAAAUUAGAAAGUUCAAGAUUAUUAACAUGGCGAGCAGCUGCACUUAAAGAUAAUAAUAAAUCAUAUACAAAGGAAGCUGCUAUGGCAAAAUUAUCAUCAUCUGAAACAUCUACUUUCUGUGCGCAUCAAUGCAUGCAAAUUUUAGGUGGUAUGGGUUACGUUAGUGAUAUGCCAGCAGAACGUUAUUAUAGAGAUGCACGCAUUACUGAAAUUUAUGAAGGUACAUCAGAGAUACAAAGAUUAGUUAUAGCUGCAAAUGUUAUCAAAGAAUACAAUCUUAAUUGAAAUAUUUAGAUGCGACAUAUAUUUUUCUACUAAAGUUCUUCAUAUGCAAACAAAAUAUUUUUUAUAUAUUUUAUUAAUUUUAUAUAUUUAUAUUUUUAUCCUUUACGAAGAAAGGCUAAUAAAUUUUAUAUAUCAUUAUAAUUAUGUAGUUUUUUUUAUGAUUUAAUGUCAUAAAAUAAAUGUAAAUAUAUAUGUAAAUAUGCAAAACUUACAUAUUUAAAUAUGCAAAAACAUAUACCAAUAUCUCAUUAAUUCUAUAGCAAUAUUAUACGAAUUUUUAUUUAUAAUUUCUUUAUACUCGCUCAUUAUGGAAUGAUGACAAAUAGAUUAUUUGUUAAAAUAAUGAAUAGGAAUGAUAGACACUAUCUAUAGUGAGAUUUUAUUUUAAAAUCUCUAUUAAUUAUAUAAGUAAUUUGAUAAAAUCGCAUAUCAUACUUAAAUACUAAAAUUCACAACUGAAUAGCAUAAAUUCUGAUACUCCCUGUAUUAAGAUCCCAAAAAAUUACAGUUUUAUCUAAAUUGUAUUUCUAUAACUAUCUUAAAUUCUACACUAUAGAUCCCAGUACAACAGAUAA